UUGUAUUAUUAAGAGAUAUUUCAUAAAGUUAAGAAAAACCAUUUAAAUAACUUUAGCAAGCUUCCAAUAAUAUAAAAUGGAUUUUAAAGUUAUAGCUUUAAUUGCUUGUUUUGCUUUAGUUAAUGGCGCCGUUUUGCCUGAAAGCGCAAUAAAUGAGCAAUUGGAACACUACGAUUCUCAUCCUAGUUAUAAGUUCUCUUACAAUGUUCAGGAUGAAUUAACUGGCGAUUUUAAAUCUCAAACAGAGAUUCGUGACGGCGAUCUAGUUCAAGGGGAAUACUCGCUUAGGGAGGCGGAUGGCUCUGUACGUACCGUAGAAUAUACAGCCGAUGCAGAAAACGGAUUUAAAGCUCACGUAAUACGUGGCCCAGCCGAGAUAUACAACAACAAGCAAACUCUUGCGAAAAUGGCAGCAAUUGAAUUUCCUGCAGCUACUUCACCAUCUACCGCUUUACCGCUUUUACAGUCAUCCACUACUCCGAUUACAGUUCAAUCGCCCGUAAAAGAUAAAUAUGCUGUCAAAACAUAUGUACAACCGGCUGCUUACAUUCGCACCUACACAUCGCCUACUCUGGUACAUCAUCAGCCAAGUGUAAUUCAUGCACCGCCAGCUACUGUUCAUUUGACUCCCACUACGCAUUUUGUGCAUACUGCGCCAGCUGCUACUACUUUGCUAAAGACAGCCGCAGCAGCACCCGCCGUGAUCACGCAUCAUACUCCGACUGUUGUAAAGACAACUUCAAUUACCUCACCGCAUCAUGUCUCUUAUGUUCAUUAUCAUUAA